UUGGGCACAGCUGUUUUUACUAAAGCCAAUGCAGAUGUUAUGGCUCUCACAGAAAAUAAAAAACUACAAUGCUACAACAGUAAUUGUGGUUACAUGGGUUAAUGUACCAGCACAUGGAAGUGUGGAUGAGCGUGUCUCAUUCCAAUGUGUCAUAAUAUCAGAUGGACAUACAACAUAUGCCAUAUACAUCUAUAUCCAAGGUGCAAUGAAAUUCAAACCCUUAUCAGCUAGAAAUGUUGAAGUCGGUUGGGCAAAUUUUAGCUUUGAUACCUCACUUACAAGUUACUACAGAUUUGAUACAGUUUUGGGGAACACUGGAAAACCUGGUCUUUGGAUUUUUAAAGUUGGAGAAAAUAAGAAUUUUAAGAUGAUGUGCCGAACAUGGUAUAUCUCUAAUCAAGGAGAACUGCCUACUAUAGAUCUCUGGAACAAAAACCUACUGCCUGCCUGCCCUUGUAAUGAAGUUGCUGCCAAAAGUAGCCCAAUCUGGGUUCCUAGCAGUCUAGCUAAUUCAGACAGAAACUGCUUUGAUCUAUUACCAUUUUUUGGAGAAUAUGGAAGGAGAUGCUGCUACAAAGCUGAUGAAAGUUCAAGUUUUUUAAAUACAAUCCCACAAGCUGGAAGUCUUCAGAGAUAUAAUUCUUUUAUUUACAAAGAACAUGAUCAGUUGGAUGAAGACUCUAAAGACUGGUGCUGUACUAAGUCAAACUUGUGUGACCUGUACUAUACUUUAAGACCAAUUUUCUCAUGCAAUGGGAGUAACUGGGCUAGAGGUUUCCUGUUUGGAGACCCCCACAUAAUAACCCUGGACCAAAGAUCAUUCAUAUUCAAUGGACUGGGAGAAUAUCACUUAGUGCAAAUAACAGGAACUACUAACCAGCAUUUUAAAUUGCAGGGUAGAACCUGUCGUGCAUUAAACAGCAAUGGCAAUGAAACUCUAGCCACAGUCUGGUGUGCCCUAUCAAUGAUGAGUGGUGAUGAAAAUUCACUGAGAGUAGAAAUCAGCCCUUCAAGGAAAAUUAUGAUAAUAUAUGCUAAUAAAAGAGAUUAUACAACAGAAUACUUAAGUAACCCUAAUUUUUUUACAAAUGAUAAUAAAAUGAUAUUAAGAAAACAAAAUGGGGCUUUAGAAGUGUCUCUUCCAGAAAGUAAGUUGCUUUUAUUUUAUAUAAUUAACUUUUUGCUUCAUCUAUAAGUUUGUAUGUCUGUGUUGUUGUGAGCAUUAACCUAUCCUGUUGUAUUGCUUUUAAAGAACUUCUUUUUACUGUGACUUAAAGAGAUUCAGUAUCUCUUAACCAACUACUAUGAAAGAUGCAUAAUCACACUGAUACAGCAUUAAAAGGGAUAGGAAAUUGUUUUAAUUAAUUCUUACUAAAGCUUGUGAUUUCUAAGAAGGUUGAAUUAGUAGUUGACAAUAUAUUUGAGCUA